ACUAUGUCCAAUCUAAGCGAGGUCAGGUAUAAGUGACAUCCAAAUUUUUACAUUCUCAUAAUAAAGAAAGAACCAACAGUAGAAUAAAAGAAGAGGAUUAAAGAGCCAUGCUGAAUUCUUAGAUGGUAACUAUAUAUGCAUGUGGCUAGUUACAAUCAGUUAUAUUUUCGAGCUCUCCCGAGUAGGGCUUCAAAUCGUUUUCGAAGAAAAACGAACAAUUUGACAAAAUUUUAAAAUGGCUUUUAGUAUGCAGACAAUUGUUAUUUUAUUUAGUGCAGUUUUUACAAUCAUUCUCAACAAUAAUAUUGUUGAGCCAAUAACUUUUUUUAAACAUGAAGAUAUUCCUAUUCUUGAUCGAGCUGACUCUUAUCAGAGAUCUAUUUACGAAAUGGAGAACCCAUUGACAUCAAGAGAUCAUGACGCAAGUCCCGGACAAUUUCCGUGGAUGGUAUCAAUCCAUAUUAUCCAAAUUGACAAUGAUGAUCAGUACUUUCAUUGUGGUGGAUCGAUAAUCUCAAAUCGUUGGGUACUGACCGCUGCACACUGCAUGAAGCAAUCUGAACGAAUAUUAGUAAUGUUCGGCGACGUAAACAGGGCCCACGCUGACUACUACUCCUAUCAAGGCCCAGGGUUCGCAAUGAUGGAACCCCACGUUUUUUCUCAUCCAUAUUGGGAUGGACACCACGAAAAUGACAUUGCACUGCUCUACAUGCCCGAGGACAUUCCUUUUGGACCUACGGUCCAACCGAUAAAACUUUCCGGCCACAUGGACACCUACAAGUCCUACAGUGGAAAGCAAGCUCUAAUUAUGGGCUGGGGACUGAACGGCACAGGAAGAGAGACCGUCAUUCUCCAAUAUGGAUUCUUGCCAAUCAUCUCAAUCGAGAUGUGUUACAUAAGCGGAUACAUAACCUCAGAUACACUGUGUACCGCAGCAAACACAGGAGUUGACGCAUGCCCAGGUGACAGCGGUGGUCCUCUUAUCGUUUACAGCCAGAACUACAAUUGCUACGUACAAGUUGGCGUAGUCCGUGCUGGAGUGAACAAAGAUUGUCCAAGUGCGUAUCCCGGGUUUUACACACGCGUUGACUUCCACUAUCUCUGGAUUCAAAAAAUCACGGGGAUACUAUUUUGAUUUAGACAUUUCUAAAAUUUGACUAAUGUUUUUUCAAUAUUUUGAUAUUUCAAGACUGAAGAUUUUUUCUGAGAUUAACCUUGGCAGUUAUUAGUCGUUAAUUUAAUAACAUUAGUAAUGUAAAUAUUGUGUUUACACAUAGAGAUUAGACUGUUAAGAAAUUGAAUUUAAUUAUAAGUUUAAGAAUACUGUAAAUAAUUAUUUAAUUUAAAUACCUCGAUAACUUUUGACGUCUAGAUACAUUCAAUACAAGUAUGUUUUGUAUCUUAAAUAUAAAAAUUAUUUACUGUAAAAUACUAAGCAUAAUUCUUUUUGAUUAUCAUUAAUAUAAAUAAUUUAUGUAUUUAUUUGCUAAUCAUAAAAAAUAAAUAUGUGAAAUUAUUUUAUUCAGUGGGGUGAUAGUUGAAAGAGUUUUAUUUAUAUCUGCUGGUGGUCACUUGACUUUUUAUUUUGAGUUAAAAUAAAAAUUAAUCGAUGAAAAUAAA